AUGCAUGUGGUCAUGUACAUUGCACAUAUGCCACAUGCCCGCGUCGGGUGUACCGCUGGCUCGGAUGAAGAUCGAGUGUGGAUGCGUACACUGGAGCGUGGGCAACUGGACAAUUGGACAAGUCAUGGCAUAGAAUCACGCCCAGUGACAUCCCAUUCGGAGGUCUCCAGCUGCAUGCCGUUGUUGUAUUGUCAGUCAGGAUCGAGUCCAGACGACACCGGCUUCGAGAAUCGCAUUGAGACACGAGAAGAACCCAUCAAUGACCUCGGGGACAGGGGAUGGCUAUGGAAUAUUGACUCUACUGCAGCAGUGAGCGCCUGCUACCGUGAAUGUGCAGGUCAUCUCGACCUGGUGGGGGAGCACCCUUUCACCGGUUCCACUUAUGCCCCGGGACCCGAUACAAAUCGUCCGCAUGCAAUCUAG